AUGGUACGCGACAAGUUUGCUCGACAGAGCCUCGGUGGCACUCUCCAUCAGCGCAUCAAAGAGGCACGCGUCUUGAUGGUUGGAGCUGGCGGCAUCGGCUGCGAACUCCUCAAGAACCUCGUUCUCACCGGCUUUGGCGAGAUUCACGUUGUAGACCUCGACACCAUCGACCUCAGCAACCUCAACCGCCAGUUCCUGUUCCGCAAUGAGCAUAUCAAAAAGUCCAAAGCAUUGGUUGCGAAAGAGUCGGCUGGCAAGUUCAACCCCAAUGUCAACAUCGUAGCGUACCACGACAACAUCAAGGAUGGCCAGUUCAACGUCGCGUGGUUCCAGAGUUUCGGCCUUGUUUUCAAUGCGCUGGAUAAUUUGGAUGCGCGGCGACAUGUUAACAAGAUGUGCCUCGCAGCCAAUGUUCCGCUGGUCGAGAGUGGCACCACUGGCUUCAACGGGCAAGUUCAGGUUAUCAAGAGGGGCGAAACCGAAUGCUACGAUUGCACCCCGAAAGACGCGCCCAAGUCCUUCCCAGUAUGUACCAUCCGGAGUACGCCCUCACAACCCAUCCACUGCAUAGUAUGGGGAAAGUCAUAUCUAUUUGCUGAGAUCUUCGGCACCUCAGAAGACGAAGCGCCCGAACUGGACCAUAGCGAAGAUGCCGACAACGCAGGCGAAGUUGCGAAUUUACAGAAGGAGGCACAAGCGCUGAAGCGCAUUCGCGAUUCCAUGGGUUCCCAAGACUUCCCGCGACUCGUUUUCGACAAAGUAUUCAAGGAGGACAUUGAGCGGUUACGGAGCAUGGAAGAUAUGUGGAAGACCAAGCGCGCGCCAGAGGCAUUGGACUACGACGCGCUCAUGCAGGAAUCGCUGGGUGUGGGUGCCGGAAUAGCGCAGCAAGACCAGGUCACAUGGAACGUAGCGGAGAACUUCGCCGUAUUUGUAGACAGCAUCAAGCGACUCAGCACCCGGCUGGAAGAGACGCGCGCAAAUGCCGACAUUGGGAAUUCGGUACCUAUUCUUAGCUUCGACAAGGACGAUGUGGAUACGCUGGACUUUGUCGUUGCGAGUGCAAAUUUGCGUUCACACAUCUUCGGCAUCGAAAUGCGGUCCAAGUUUGACAUCAAGCAAAUGGCUGGCAACAUCAUCCCUGCAAUCGCGACUACAAACGCCAUGACCGCCAGUCUCUGCGUCCUGCAAGCUUUUAAGGUUAUGCGCGAACAGCUUGACAAAGCCAAGAUGGUCUUCCUUACUCGUAGCACUGAGCGCGUCAUCUCGAGUGAACCACUGCGACCACCAAAUCCCCACUGUGCGACCUGCGGCGUAUGCUAUGCCACACUGCACGUCGAUACGUCGCGCGCAAAGCUGAGCGAUCUGGUCAACAUCAUCCUGAAGGAACAGCUCGGUUACGGAGAAGAAUUCAGCGUCAAGCGUGACUCGGAUAUACUCUAUGAUGUGGACGAGGAUGUACAUCUCGACAAGACUUUCGAGGAACUCGGUUUCAAAGAUGAUACCUUCCUCACAAUAUCUGAUGAUUCGGAAGAGGACGCAAAGGUUGAUCUCGUACUCUCUGUCAUACACCAAGACUUCACCGAGAAUGCAAACCCACUAAGGUUACCUGACGAGGUUAAGAUUGCGACGAAGCCUAAGGCGCCCGUCCCGGAGACCAACGGCCAUGCGACUAUCAACGGUACUGUUCCGAACGGUACCUCCAAGGAUGCUAGCAAUGGGAGCGCGAAUGGUGCUGCGAAGCGCACAGCCAGCGAAGCAGGUCUCCAGGACGAGCUCGUCCGGAAGAAGGGCAAGGUUAUGGAGGAGCCGCAAAAGAAAGACGAUGGCCACAUCACUAUUGAGGAUGACAAGAACGAUGGGGCGAUUGUCAUUGAUGACGACUGA